AUGAAGAAAUCACUGGAGGUUGUUACGUUACAAGGGCCAUUGAAACUGGAUCCGGAAUGCUUCGGUUACUGGAAAGUCUCGAUCCAGCAGGUCAUCUCGAGCAUUGACAUGGAAGCUUGGUUUGCAGUGGAGGACGGCUGGUCUCAUCCAACUGAGAUGAAUGAAGAUGGUGAAUUGGUGCAAAAACACAGAAAGAAGUGGACAACUGAAGAAAAGGCUGAGGCCAAACACAAUUCCCAGGCGUUGUCGGUCAUCUUCAAAUCUCUGCCGAGAGAUAUCUUCAGCCAAGUUCAAGGUUGUGUGUCAGCUAAAGUGGUGUGGGACAUUCUGGUCGUCACUUUUGAAGGAACUUGUAUAGUUAGGCGCACAAGGUUGGACAAUCUUGCGUCUGACUUUGAGAAUCUGCAAAUGACUGAAACCAAAUAUGUGGCGGAUUAUAGUAGCCGGUUGAUUUGUAUUGCUCAAGAGUCUGUUGUUUUGGGUAAACGAUACAAGGACAAGAAGCUGGUCAAGAAAUUCCUUAGAAGUUUACCUGAAAAUUUUCAACCGCACAGGUCUGCAAUUGAUGUGUCUCUGAAUUCUGAUGAAGGAAGAAAGAGAAAAUGA